AUGCAGACUACGGAUACUCUGAGGGGUAUAAUAUCGAAGCAAGACUUGAUCCUUUGUACCAUACACAGCUUGAAGGCAGAGCAGGAGCCCAUGCUCAAAGUUGUCCACGAGAAGUUGGUUGGUCUUCAUGAUCUACGCAUUCUCUUCAUACUCAACACAGAUGAACGGCUUAAGCCUUCAAUGAAGCAGCUAAAUAAAUUCUUUCAUUGGUGCUGGAGCCAUAAAUUUAUCAAUGUCGCCUUAACUUACCAACGGAUCAUAUAUAGCAACGACAGCUUCACUACGCAUAAUGAGCUCUUCAGCUACACACCUUUUCCCACGGUCCAAGUUUCUAAUGUGACGAACAUGGGCGUUACUUACAACUGGGAGGCUAUAGACCUCGACAAUGUACAGGGCUAUGAAUUUCGUGUGCCCGUUUUUCAGGACUGGGCUUACGCUUUCUUGCUGCCAAAUGGUAAGCUAUAUGGAAUUAUUGGCAAGCUUGUUUCUGGCUACAUAGAGCAUUGCAAUGGCAGCCUGCGUCUGGAGGGAACACCUGAUGUCAACCGGUAUAAUUACCACAAUCGCACGUUGAUGUGGCCAGCUCUGGGCAUCAUCGAUAUCGGUGUACAUCCGUUUACGCAUAUGAUACUCAAUUCAAGCCAGGCUGAGGGCAUUGCAUUCUUGUCUCAUACGAAAACCUGCCUGAUGGUACCCGUGCUGAGAGCGCUGCCGCUCGAUAGAUUUAUAGCCUUUGUUUUUCAUCACAAUGGAACCUUAUUGUUGGCGAUAUUACUGUUACUGAUGCUGGGCUGGCACCUCGCUGCCCGCGAUUGUUAUAAAGGAUUCUUCUUGGCCUUGACCGUGUUUAAUAUGCAGCCGGUUAGCGAAAAUAUGUUCAGACGCUUCAGCAAUACGUACAAAAUGGUGCACGUGGCUAUACUGUUUAGCUGCUUCAUAGCUUGGAAUGAGAGAACUGGAGCUCUAACGAGGGCCAUUGGCCUCGACACCAGGCCACAACAGAUUUAUAAUCUUGCAGACUUCUUAGAGUCUCAACUCCGCAUCAUGGUAACUGAAGGUGAAGUCGAAAUGUAUUUUGAUAACGAACUGCUGCCAAAAGCGUUGAAGGCGCGCCUGCUGGUGGUCAAUGCAUCAACUGUAUUACAGCACCGGAAUAGCCUCAAUACGAGCUAUGCUUACUGCGCCAGUGAUGGAGCAUGGAGGGUGGUUUCAUUUCAACAGUCUCGACUUGAUCGUCCACGGUUUCGCCGCCUCGACCCACAUAUCUGCACAUCGCCCACCAUAAGACAGAUCCCCAUGAGUCGGAACUCGCCAUUUAGGGAGAAGUUAUAUCAGUUUUAUAUGAACAUGCGCAUCAAUGGCUUUUACACUAAAUGGGAAGAGGAGAGCUUUAGGAAAGCGGCCCGAGCGGGCUUAGUUCAGGUCUUUUCGGAAGUGAAGGCAUUCGCCAGCAUGAAUCUCAACGACUAUAUGAUAUUGAUAAAGAGUUACUUCAUAUGCAUUGGAAUCUGUGUCUUGUGCCUGAUAUGCGAAAUUAUUUGGAAGAACCGAGGCAAUCUAAGAGCACAUAGUUAUUAA